GAGUGAUCAGAAGUCAGGGUCGAGAGAGGAUCAGUUUGAGCAGAGAGAAAGAAGAGGAAGGGAGAGAGGGGGCUUUUAUUGUGGUAGAGUGAAGAGAGAGAGAGGGAGAGAAAAGGGGGGAGUCUGUGUUUGAACUUGUGUUUUCAGUCUGAGACUCACUUUCACACACACACCAACACACACUCAGAGGGACGCUGGGCGAGCGAGGACAACAUGCUCUGCUUAAAAGGUGAGCGAGAGAGGUAUAAGGGUGCGUGGAGGAGUUAAAAAGGAAGAAAUGCUGCAGAUUAAAGUGUGUGUGUAUAUGUAGGUCAUUUAGUCAGCUACAGUCUAUUAACACACACACACACUCUUAUCUCAAUAACCUUUCCUGUUGUGCGUGUUCUUGGUCAAAGAGGGUCGAGGGAGCUUCAUUUUGAGCAGAGAGAGAGAGAGUAACGGAGGGAACACGUUGAGGAGAUGCAGUGUUUUUCAGAUUUACAGCUGCUGCAGUGCUUUUGUGCUUCCUAUCGGUGACUGUUACUAUGGUAACUGCUAAUAGUCCCACUGAUACCCCUGAUUACUCUCAUAUUUAAACCUCCAUCCUGGUUCUGCUGAGACUUUAACACUCUCGUGAUGUUUUGUUUUGAAUUUGAGAGUUUGAGGCAGAAGGGGAAGUUUUGGGUCAGGAGACAUUCUUGUGUUUGACGUGUGUGUGUGUUGUCUGUGUGUGUGUGUGUGUGUAAGAGACAGUAAUCUCCUUGCUGACCUGUUGAGGCAGGUUGAAACAUCCCAUUCAGCCUCCUAAACACAGCUGUUUCUGCGCGCUGAUGUUGACUGAGUGGAUUUACAGCCACGACAUCGUCACAACAAGAUGCUCUAAAGUCUGCAUAUCUUUUUUUGACAGCUGCUUAAACACAAACUUCACUUCAGUAUCAAUCAAAACAUGAAAGAGAUGGAAUUUAAUCCGAUAAACGAGGAGGAUAAGUACCUGUAGAUGAGGGGAGACUGGGGACGGUUAUAAUGUUUUCGAGGCUGGCCCUCAUGGAUUACACUUGUCAUGUUUUAGUGUAAGAAACAUGAAUAUGUGCCUCGAUUAUCAAAGCUAUCACUGUGUUUUUACAAGUAAAGAUGACACAGUUUUAUUUCAUGUUAUUGUGAGCAGGACCUGAAUCAGAAGGUGCUCACUGCUGACCUUCUGUCGUCUGAUUCUGUGAUCCAAAUCUAGAAUUAACCCGUUUGUCACAGCGAUACAGAAUCAAGCAACAUGUGGUGCGUUGAGGUAAAUACCUGUCUCCCACAGGCCAUCUGCAGACCUGGAUAAUCCCCGUUAGAAGAUUAGAGAAGGAGAGAGGAGAGGAGGCACAAACACACACAGUCAACACCGUGUGAGGAGGAAAUUUAACAUGACAAGAGAAUUUGGAUUUUUAUCAUUUCUGGAGCUGUGAAAUUUGGCUUCGCUUCAGGUGGUCCCAUCUCAGAGGUUUUAUUAUGAAGGAAUGUGUCGCAUGGAGCUGCUGCAGUGGAUGGUGAUGUUGGAGGUUUGAGAUCAAAUCUGAAGAAAACUCGACUGUGGGAUGUUUUUGAGUUGCUGUCUUGAAAACAUACCUUUCUGAAAUAUCUAAGGAGGGUUUUAAUGACUGUCUGACCAUUUCCAUGAAGGACAAUAAGUCUGCUGUGUCGCUCUGAAGGACCUUCGAACGAGACACUUGUUGUUAGGUUAUUUUAUUUUGUGGAUUUACUUUGGAGCCUUUCUAUAUCAUUACCGAAGGUGUUGAAAUAUCAACAUUUAGCACAAAUAUAAAUUCUGCUCUCUGUGAACGAUGGAAUAGUUGAGGAGUUUUGAGAGCAGAAAGCUUCCCGUCAUCAUUUUGUUAGAGAACUCAGGGCUUUUACUUUGAAGGGCACUCUAAAGAUUGUAUAAAGGAAACACACUGUUGUAUGGACUUUUAUUGUGAAGGAGAGUUAAAUCAAGGACUUUUAUGAUGACAGGAUUUGAAUUCCCAGGGACUUUUGAAGUGAAAGGCGUCGUAUUCAUCGUCUCCAAUCUGUCCUAAGGGGCGGAGCCAAACACAGCAGGACAAGAUGAUUUCAUAUGUGGAGUGUCUGAGUGGUGAGGGGGCGGGGCCUGGUGUUGCAUCUCGCUGCUGGAACACAGGUCCUGAUGAAGAGCUAGAUGAACUUCUUCCACGCAAGAUGGCCGUCCUGCAACCUAAGACAGAGGGAAGCCUGCGCCGGCGCCUUCUCAGCGCCAAAAUUCACCAGCACCAUGACGCCAUCUUAAAUGCCAGUAGUGCUGGAAGGCCUGGGACACCCACAUUUGACAAAAAGUCCCUCCCACCUCACUUGCAGUAUCCAGGCAACAGCCCCUGGUACCUCCGCCAGCACCUCCCACCACGACCGCAUGUCCACCCUACUUUUUCCCCAGAGGCUCAUGGGAAACUUUUCCUCGCUCCAGAGGCUUAUGGGAAACCCCAUUCUGUACCAGUGCCCCUACAAGUGCAGCGCCCCACCUACCCUGUCCUCUCCCAGAGGUAUCGGACAAGUUCAAGUCCCCCCACCCCAGAACCCCGUCCUGGCUACACCCUGCCUGUCCCCUCCCCUCUUAGCAACCCGCCCCCCAUCAAAGAACCAGAGGUGCCGCCGCAGUACCGCUACAAGCCCAGCAGGAGGCGCAAGACAGGCUUAUUUCGCUUCAAUUUUCGCAGAGGGAGGAGCUCUCGGAGGGAAGCCACCCAGACCACGCCCCUUCUGUGUCCAGGUACUGCGAAGAUAUUUGAAAUAUUCCUACCGGUACAGUCCAUGCCUUCUUCAUUUUGGUCUCAGUCUUGGUCCAUGCUUGCUAAGUCUUACCCCACCUUUCUUACUUUAACUUCCUGUCACCUUGGUUCAGUUGUCUUUGGCCCUGAUGGUCCUAGCUAGUCUUCUUUGGCUCUCUGUGUUCCCGGAUGUUGUUGGAUGGCCUGGAUGAACCCGGCUUGUUUGCCUGGCUUCGGUCCUGAACGUUCCCAGCUAAUGUACUUUGGCUCUGUGUGGUUCUGAAAUGGUUCCAGCUUUGGCUCUCAUCAGUCUUGAGUAGUACAAGUUAGCCUCAGGUAGCCUGGUUGGGUCCGUUUUAAUUGAACCAAGCUGGAUUGCUUGUUUUGGUGCUGACUGGUACCAUCUGUCAUGGCUGUGUUUGGUCCUCAGUAGUUCUAGCUUUGGUUCUCUUUGGUCUACAUAGUCCCCUCUCUAUGAGCCCAUUCAGCCCAGUUCAACCACAUCUACCUUUAAGUGUUUCCAGCUGUCCUGAUUCGGCUCGGCUUGGCUUGGAGCUUCCUCACUCAGAUUAGGGGAUUGAUUUGUUCUGUCAUGCGUAGGUUCCAUCGACUGAAACUGGCCUAAGCGUUCUUGGCAUGCUGCAGACUUUGACCUGGAGGUUGAACCACAUCAGUGCGUUGCUAUGAAGCUGCGUAGUAAAGAAAGCUGCAGUUUAAUCGCCUAAUUCAAAUGUACUGAGAAGCUACGCUCUCUUGGAUUUGGUUUAGGGAUUUCUGACAUGGUUCUUCUAGAUAUUUUCAUUCAUCGUACUCAGACAUAAAUGAUGCAAAAUCUCUGGUCUUUAUUUUGAAAGUUACACCUUUUAAAUUUGCCUGAUAAUGCCGUGUUGGCCUGGUUUAUCCUUCUUUGCUUCACAUGUAAAUUUGAUCAAUCACAUUGCUGCUUUCUGCCUGCAGAUCUGUGAAAACGCUGCCUCUCUCUUGCAGCAUUUCACAGUCUCAUCAAUAAUGUAUCACGGCUCCUCUUAGAUAUUUCUCUCAGAUCAGGACUUACUUUAACUCUCACACAAACAAAAAAAUAACACUCUGGUUCUCCUUAUUCUCUCUUAAUUAACUCCCCUGUGUGUAUAAUCUCCUGUGUGUGGGUGUGGGUGGGUGGGUGUGAGCAGGGAUUAGCUGCUGCUCCAUACGCUACGCUAAUGGCUUAUUCCUCUAAUAGCAGAUGUACAGGCUUUACCGUGCAACAGCUGCUACCUGUUAGCUUCAGCUGCUACCUGUUAGCUUCAGCUACUACCUGUUAGCUUCCUGUUAUGCAUGUCUGACUGGUUCACUUGAGGCUGACGUCUUUGUAUUCUUGAUUCUGGACCAUAUCGCCUUGAGUCCGGACUCUUGGCUCUGAUUGGAUGGCGGACUGUCUUUUCGUUGCUCCUCGGAUCUUGAAGUCGUCGAACAUAUUCUGGCUAAAAACACAACUGUGACAUAAUGAUGGUGUGGCCUACUUACUGUCUAAUUAAUGAAGUUAAUUUAAACAGUGGGGAAGUGACGACAAUCGGACUGUCAGGCAUGAAGACAGAAGUAAUUAGCUGCUCCAGUGGCCCAGAUAGUUGGCACACUUACAAACUGGAACUGUCCCAGUUUGUGAUGAAGGUGAACCUCAACUCUGUCAACUUCCAGCACCAUAAUACGAAAAAAGGAGGCUGAGGCACCUUUGGUUCAAAUUUAAAGCCUUUUGAGUCCCCUUUCUUGACUCGGUCAACCACAGCAACCUUCAAGGGCCAUAGGACUUCCUUAAAGGUCUGCUUUUACCUCUCAUACACCUCAAUGAGCUUAUAAGAGAUGACCUGGGGUUCUGACAGACCUCUGAUGUUUGAUUACAGACCUAUAAUUCUAAGAAGCCUGGAACAACUUACUCCUUAAAUAACAUUAAAUGACUGUUUAAAUGAACCCAAGUACUUCUAAUAGCUGCUCAAAGGGCUCCUGGAACUUCCUCAACCUAAGACCUCCCACCUAUAUUUUGCUAUUUUUGGUCACAAAUAUAUACACAUCUUUUUUUCAGGAUCUCUUCUUCGCUUGUUUCCAAACAUUGAGGACCAUUAUUUCUUAUUUUGCAGACAAGCAGGGAACUUUCUUGUCUUUUGUUGAUCUUUCGUUGCCUCUUAUUGGACACUACAGUCAAGGGAACAAUAGAAGAAGAAUAUGAAACCAUUUUCACAGAAAAAGACGUCAUCAACACCCGGAAGACAUGAGUGGCAUUAAGCGAUCACAAUCUUUUUUUUAUCACAACAAUCUGAUAAAUAAUCCUGUUUUCACCGGUAUAUCACUGCAGAUUUACCAUCAAACGUCUCUGAUCAAACACCUGUUUUUGUGGCUGGACUGUAAACCUUGUGGCAGGUGUAGAAAUAAACCCUCGAUAUUUCGUAGAGAUAUGCAGUAUAGUUCCUGAGAAACUGUAAACAAUAUUAAUGGUGUCAUGUGGGAUCGCUGGCGAUCCAGCUGAGUUCUAAGUGUUAAGGUUCCAGAGCACUUUCUCAAAGACCAUUUGACUCUCCCCAGGGGUCUUUUCUAUGUAAAGAGGUCAAGUGGAACCACCUGGAAGACUACGGUGAUGCUCCUUGAGGACCCCAACCACCAUUCCCCUCCAGAGAACAUCCUUGGGGGUCAUUUGAGCCACCACCAGGACCUUCUUGUACCCCUCAAGGAUCCUUGAACGUAGUGCAAUAAUUCCAGGACCCCUCUUUGUGUUAAAUUUGGCCUACAGUCCCUCAGACUGCUGAUAAGACAAGAGCCGACAUGUCCUCACUCUAACUAGAUGUCCUCAGUCACUCAGUCCUCACAAGGAUAGAAAUUCAGGAACAAAGAGAAUAGAGGAUGAAGGAGCUCAUAUUCUACACACACACACACACACACUGCAAACACGACACUUUGUAGAUGAAGGGAGAUGAAAAAAGAGAAUUGAAAGUCUGUGUGUGUUUGUGUGUGUGUAAUGCAGUAUUUGGGGGUAACCUUCAUCACCUGGUGACACAUAUGAAGGACACACACGUAUGCUGGCUUCCUGCCAGCGUGGCGUGUGUGUCGAAGGAAGAAAGAAAGAGAGGGGUGAGCGAGAAAAAGAGAGAGUGGUGGGAGGAGAGAGAGGGAGGUGGGAGGAGAGUGGCGUUGCAGCGAGUGGAGCUGCAUUUCUGCUGCUGCUCCGUCUGCUGCAGCCUCACCGCUGUGUGUGUGAGUGUGUGUGUGUGUGUGUGUCCUCAGUGUGUUUGUGUGUGUCUUUCUUUGGCGUCGUCAUGGUUCUGAUCGGAGCGGCGAUCAAAUCCGUCCUGAAAUAUCUAAACAGGACCAGAGGUGAGUGUGUGCGUCAUUUUUAUCUGCAUGUGUGUGUUUGUCUGUGAUGAUGGACCGCAUUUGCAUCUGAGCUGCCGGGCGAGCGAGCAUCACUCUAUGAAGAGAGAGAGAGAGAAAGGGAGAGAAGUUGACCUCAUUACAUGUAGAUCUCUGAUUGGUUGUCAUUGUUAAGGUUAACAGCUUUAGCACCUCUGUAAGUGAGAGUUCCAGGUGUGCUCAAAUACAGGUAACCAGUGAAGCGCAGACAGCUCAGUCAAGGACUCCGUCAGUCCCUCCAAGGACCCAGUCUCCCCUGGACUCUCUUUGAGGACCCUUACACCUUCUUAAGGACCCUCGGUACACCUUGAGUACCUGUAAUGUCUCACCAAGGACCUCGGCACAAAGCUGUGUUGUAGUUUCAUCCUUUGACCCUUGGAUCUUCUUACACAUUAAAUCAGGAUCUCAAGGGUCCAUUUGAAUCCCCCGAGGAAUCCUGGAGAUUUCUGUCAGACUAUCAGACACUUCAGACACCCGUGGCAUCUUUUCAAGGAGCCUUUUGAGCUCAACAGAGAGGUUCGAGUAUCUUGGAGAUCUUCCACUACACAAUGACGAGAGCUAAUCAGCUAAUAAGAAAUGUUUUGGUCCUGAUUUGGCCUUCUGAUCACCAGAGACCCCCCCAAGGAUCAUUUCAAGGUCCUAUUUGUAUGGUACUCUACAUCCAAGCUGUCUUUCCACUUGAGUUUCGAAUUAAAAUAAGGUCCCACUGUGGAAGAUCUGCAGCCUCUCAGUUUCUCGCCUCAUUAUCCAUGCAGUGAUUGGAGUGCUAUGCUUAAAGGUGCUGCUCUGAUUGGCUGGGGGAAUGGUGCAAACCUGUGCAGAUUGAUGCAGAAAAAUAAACAAUAAAAAUGGAUGCAGGGCAGCUAUUAUUGAAUUGUUACAGCAGUGUGUUUAUCAGUGUUAUUUCUACUCCUUUUCUUGUGGUCCACUCUUGAUUGGCACAAACGUACAAAUUAGCGCCAGUGGUGGCCUGCACAAAAUGUAGCUGCUGUUAUCUUUGGUCCUCCAGUGAAAGAAUAGUUUUGCAUGUAUAUAUGCACAGUUUGCUCCUGUUGUGACAUCACCACAGGAGCAGAUUCAAACCUUCAGAUAGGCGGCAAAAACAAUGCAAACUUUUUGCUUCCAUGAUAUCAGGGUUGAUAAAAGUGUAUGUAUGGAUAGAUGAGGAAAAAAAGGGACCUUUGAACCUCCUUAAGAGCCUCUAUGACUUCAUGUUUCAUGGGAACUCUUCAACAGUUUGUCACCUUGACAACCACAAACAACUCCAGCACACAUGCGGGAUUUUGUUGCAAGAAAUUUGCAAGUAUAUUGUAAGGAAAUACAGUGACCACAUAAUCUAAUUGUUAUUUAUAUAAUGGAGGUUUAAAACAGGAGUAUAACUGAAGAUAUUUCUGCUCUGGCGCUGUUCAGCUAGAGAGACUCCUGACACGGCUCUUCUCUUUUUAUGUCUUUUUGAGUGCAGAAUUCUGACUAUAAAUACUUAAUAUUCCUGCUGAUGCUGCUGAGAUUCAGCGCUGAGACAAUAAUCACAGCAGAAAGUCCACAGGCAGCUGUGUCAGAGAUUUACUUGCUCUCUUAGUGUUACAGCUUUAUGGACACACCAAACAGCAGCUUUUGAGGUUAAUACAGGUUGUCAUAUAAACCUUAAAGGGGAAGCUGUUAUCAGUGGGCUGCAAUGUGCAAUCUAACCACUAGAUGGCAGUAAAUUCCACACACCGCUCCUUUCACGAGAUGGUCAGGACUGUUUAAAAUUCUGCUGCAGGUUGGUCACUCAGUUUAAAGCAUCGAUGGUAGAAAAAUGCAGAAGUACAAGAGUUAUACAGAGUAUUAUAAUAGUUAAUGAUGUUAUUUAACUCGAUAUCAUGUUAUACACCGAUCAGAUGGAGCUUGUUUGAACCGUACAGCUUUGUUAUGACUCCAGGAUUAAAUCUGACAACAUGCGAUAAAUGUGUUCAAAUAAAUUAGCUGAUUUCUCCCACAUAUCACUGAGCCUUUAAGUGACACUAAAUCACUGAAGCAGUAAAAGUGUUGUUAUCUUUCCAACAGUCAACGCAUGUCGGUAAAUGACCACUUUUCCCUCCAAUCUGCAGAAAACUGUCUCGUUAUCUUUCACAUCUGUCAAUUAAGCACCUCAGACUGCUGCUCCUUCACAAUAAAAGCCCUCAGGCUCUGUGUGAGGUGACCUUGAGGAGUGCUGAGUGCUGCAACACUUAUCAUCACAGUUUCCCCCUCGCUUUUGUGUGUGAAUGAAUCUGCUGAAACGAGAUUAAACCCUCUCUCUCUCUCUCUCUCUCUCUCUCUCUCUCUCUCUCUCUCUCUCUCUCUCUCUCUCUCUCUAUCUCUCUCACUCUCUCUCACACUCUCUCUCACUCUCUCUCUCGCUUGCUGCAGCAGGAGAUGGAGACAAGAAGUGGUCCGUCCACUACACGACCCAGAAGCCCCAGCAGGGUCUGGUCUUCAUCCCUGGAAAAAGACGAUCAGGCAGCGCAGACGAUCUGCAAGGUCAGAGGUCAAAAUGAGAGAUAAAAACUCACCAAAUGCAGCAAAUGUGGGUCAAUCUGAUGCUGAAAAUAGUCCCUGACAAAUAUAUAUAUUGUGUUUAGUAGAAAAUAAAUCAAAUAGUUAAAAAGAUUUGAUCUAUCUGAUGCUGUCAGAUGUCUGAUGCCAAGCUCCACUUUAAGAAUCUCAAUCAGUGAAGAAAUCAGCCGAUAAACACGCUUUAAAACCUUAAUCUGAUCAUUAAUUAUGUUCAUAAUCCUACAUGGAGAGUCUCUUUGAGAUCUCAGGACGUUUUGUUCCUCACCUGUGAAUAAAUCCCCCUCUCUGUUAGGUUUGCUGCAGCCUCCACUGCUGCAUUAAUCAGGCUUUUAUCGAUUAAUUAAAGCUCUUAUUUUGGUGAUUUUGGCUCUUAUUGAACGCUGAGAGGGCAGACUGCUGCAGGGGUCUGUCUGCAGCACACACACUCACACACACACACACACACACACACUCAGACCGCAGACUGCAUCACAGGCGCUGCAGUGCUACAUGUCGCCCCCCGCCCCAUUUCACAGACAAAAGAGCUCCUCUGGUGUUUAAUGUAUGGAUUCAGGCUGGAUCUAAAGUUGGUUUAUUGAUCGAUUAUUGGAAGACAGCCAAAUAGAAUCACUCCUCUUUACAUCUGAUCUGUUUAUUUACCGCAGAUCAACCAAAAUGCAUCAAAUCUGUCCUCCUGUUCGGGCCACUUUUCUAAUUAUCAUUCAUAAAGUUUUGAUCAUGAUUACAGAGAUAACAAUAUCAGUGAUUGAUCAUCUUUCACGUCUAAUUUUGUGUGUGGGCAGCAUGUAAUGGGCUGACUCAGCAUGGACGACCCAGCAGCUGUCAGCCCCGCCCACCGAGCCCAUCAUCUUCUGGGCUCGACCAAUCAGAGGGCAGCACCCUCCGCAGACGAUGGAAGGACAAAAGCAGGAAGAUGGUUGGUGACACACACACACACACUCACACACACACUAUGACAAUAUUUACAUGGAUACAGUGAUGAUCCAUGAAUUUAAAUGAGGCUGAACAGACUGCAGUAAAAAUGAUUCCUCUGUUGGAUUGUUUGGAUUCAUUUUGAUUUUAUUUUCACUCUGUUUCUGCUCCCUCUGCUCUCAGAGGUCCAGAUUUCUGGACUUCUUUUCUCAGUCUUGCUUUGCAGUUUGUUUCAAGUGUUCAGUUUGGAGGAGAAAGGUAAAUGAGGACAAAAGUAGACUAGACCAGACUAGGAUAAACUAGACUAAUGAAUCUAGUCCCUAACUCUAGUCCCCCUUGCACCUAGAUCUAAAUGAAGGGCCCUGCAGAAUCUAAACCCAAGUGUUUUAACCUGAACUUUAUGUUACUGAGUAAAAUCUCUGGGGGAAUCUUGAUAAACAUAUUCUGAACCAGAUCACAAUGCGGUCUACUCACUUAAUCCAGGUCUGCUCUGGUUUAGUUAAACUCUAACCUCAAAUGUCUCAGUUUGCCAUGUUGGUGUGUGUGCUCUCAGUCCUCAGCUCUCUCUGAUGAAGACGAAAGAAUUAUAAUGAAUAACAUGCGACCCAUGACCCCCUUGGUCCUCAACCCGGUCCACAGCACCACCUCUUGGGAUAUCUUUACCCCAACCUAUGAGCCGACCAUAGAGAUGGAGGUAGAGCCGAUGUCCAGGCUUCCAACACCAGAGGAGAAAAUGAGACAGCAGGCGGAGGCGGUCGGAGCUGAUAUUGUCCCCAUCAACAUAACAGGUGAGGGACUGGACUCAGAGACAGGAGCUUUUGAACCAAUCAACCAAUUUUGAACCUAACUUGGAAAAGGUCUUUACUCGAGCAAGACUCUCUGUAAGCCAGUAUCGGGUUUUAACUGGUACAAACGCUUGUGUUACAAACUGAGCAGAGUUACUCAUGCACUCAUUUCAGGUGCCAAUUUUGAUCGUCAGGCAAGUUUUCGUAAAACAGCUGGUAACACUGACUCUAUAAAUCGGCGACCCCACAACCUGGGCAGACGAAAGACAAUCACUGGAAUUCCUGAAGGUGCUGUCCAGAAGAAGGGUAUACCUUUCAUCCAAUAAUUACCCCAAUCUCUCAUUUUCAUUUUAUCUUUUAUUUUCAGUUUUUGCUGUUAAGCUACUCUAAUUUAUUCCAAGACUUUUCUUUCUCCGCCCUUAGUCCCUCCAGAUUCGCCCUCAGCAUCUGCUGCUCUUCCUGGUCAGUUCUCCACCGUGGGUCGACCUGCCUCCUGCUGCAUGUCCUCACACAAAGAGAGGAAAAAAGGAGAGGAAGCAGAGGAGAGAGGGAGAGGAGAGGUCAGAGAGAAGAAAGGACAGUCACUGGGAAGAAGGAUCCGUGCCCCAAGAGGAGAGGGGAUGUCAAGCCUCAUGGCCUCCCUCACCACUUCGCCACAUGGCAUUUCCCGCCAUAACCAUGGCGCCUCAUCGGAGUUCAACAGCCUCCCACGUUUGGCAACCAACUCCUCUCUGAACUCCCAGACCAGCUGCACCAGUGUUUCCUACAGGACGCUCAGUGCCUCGUCAUCUCGCAGCCAGGUCAGUUUGAGAAAAAUCCUCACAGGUAUGAAAACCACACCUGAAACAGCUAACACCCUGACCUUGCCUUUUUUUAAAUCUUUUUGCUCCAGUCACAGGAUCUGCAGGGUUUUCCGAGUGACCUCCAACCCCUGCUGCCCUAUGACCACACUACCACAGCUGUCCCCACAUCUCCUUCUUCCUCUUCCACCUCCUCCUUUCCAUCCUUAUCCCUUACCUCCUCUCUUCCUAGCACCCCAAAACACACAAUGCAGUCAGAGUGGUCUUACCCAAGCGAGAGGCCCUUGAAUGAGGCUGCGCAUCAUCCCAGCUCACCUUCCUCCUCCCAGUAUCUAUCCUCUUCCUCAAUUGCACAUUCAGACUCCCAGUGUAGCUACCAGGGUCUGAAUGGUCCAACUUCCACCUGGCAGAACUCUGAGUGCACCUAUGAUGGUGGCUCUUACAACCAUGAGACGUGGGACUACAGGGUGAUGUCCCCCAGCUCAAGUGUCCAGAGUGGGGUCGACUGGAACGGCCUCCCCCAGGAGAUGAGGUGUGUUUCUGGGGAUGGUUGGAGCUGCGACCCCCUGCUCUCCUCGGGUCGCUCCACACCCUCACAAACCGACAGCCUUUCUGUGUGUUCAGAGAAGAUAACCUCUUCUCCCUCACUAAACCGGGACAAGAGAAAAUCCAGUACCUCCUCCUCUUACUCUCGCACUUCCACUCGAAGCAUCUCCCUGCGCAAGUCCAAGCGCCCCCCUGCCCCACCACUACGCUCAGACUCUCUGAGACGCCGCUCCGGUCGAAGCAAACCACCUCGCUCCUCUUGCAGUCCCCGCUUGGAGCACAACACCAAGCCGACGCCCACCUCUUCUCCUCAAACCUUCCAUGAUCCCUGGGUGCCGAGGAGCAACUCAAAAAGACGCCAGAGUGGACUGAAUUGUGGAACUGUUACUACAUUUGAACCGUUAAUCCAGGACAGCCAGGUGGCGACCUCUGUCGAGUAUCCUCCCUCUGAACAAAUACCACCAAGUCCCCGGCAGUCCCAGUCCCGGGACAUGACCCCUGGACUCCAUGGCUCAGAGGAGGACACUCUGACAUUGACUCUAAACUCCCCACCUGCUGCUUCUUCUGUGGCUGAGCUGCAGCGCCUUGCCUCACCCUCGAGCGGCUACUCCAGCCAGUCCAACACACCUACUCCUGGCACCCCUGUGUCCUCCCCCCUUUUUCCAUCCUCCCCUCUCACAGCAAGUCCAGGGACCUUCUCCCACACACCAACCUCCCCUUUUUCCUCUGUGCGCCAGUCCUCCUCUCCUCUCGCUCCAGCUGCCUCCUCCCUGCCCAGGAUAAGGUCUCAGGCAGAGGGACAAUCAAAACCUCCUGUACCAGAGAGGAAAUCCUCCCUCUUCUCUUCCCAAUCCUCCUCAUUUUCCUCCACUUCCUCACUCUCCUCCUGCACCUCCUCAGACUCUGCUCCAAAGCCUGCUCAUCUCCCUGCUCCACCCCCACCUCCACCUCUUCCUGAAUCUUCCUCACUUUUGCCUCCUGUCUUCUUCUCCCCUCCUCCUGCUCCUACGCUUCCCCAGCCACUGACUUCCAUAACACUCUCUGCUGCUCCCUCUCCUUCACCUCCAUCUAAUCCUCCACCUCCCCCUCCUCCUCCUCCUCUUCCACCUUCUCCUCGUCCGCCUCCUCCCCCAUACUCCUAUGCUGUUCGGCAGUCCUCCAAGUUAUCAUCAGCCAAAUCUCCAACAACCUCCAUCCCCCAGUCUCCUCUUCCUCCACCCUCUCCCCUUCCUACCAGUUCAGAAAUCCCAGAUAUGCCAAAAGCUGACCCUCCACCACCACCUCCUCCUCCCCCUCUUCCAACUACACCUCUAUCCCCUGCAUCUCCUCUGUCCCUUCCAGGCCUCAGUAAGUCUCUAAUCCUCUUGAAAGCAACCACGCCCCCCUGUCCUUUAGUCACCACCCAAGCUUUGCAGGGUGUGAAGCUUCGCUCAGUCAGGAACCAGGAUGACCAGUCGGCUGAUUCCAUGGUAACCACUGCUGAUGGUUCACCCCACAGCCAUGCGGACACAAUGUUAGCAAAUGUUCACCAUGCAAAUACCAUCCAUGAUCUGCCGAGCGCAGAUGGUGCUGCACUAGUUAAUGCUGAUCUUGAUGACCAGGCAAUCAUUGAAGCUAAGCUAACUGGAACUGGAUCACAUAAUGAUGUAUGUAAUGAUGCACAGCCAGUAGGACAUGAUCCAGAAAAGGAGUACUACGAUCUUACCACUAACAAAGCCAAGACACCAAGCAAAGAGUCCCCUUAUGCUAGUCCUCAGAGAAUUCGCGGCACUACUGCUAGCCAAACACACCAAAAAAGCUACACGGCUAAGCUAGCUGAUGGUGCAGAUCCUAGAGAAACUCAGAACAAAGAACAAAAGGAGGAUUCAGAAGUGUACGCUACAUCAUCGAACAAUCAUAACUCCAGUCCUGAUGGUCCUUGGGUCAGAAUGUCACUCAACGCUGACGAAAACUUGGACAACCCAAGAAUCCAACACCUGCAUUUGCAUCACGAUGAAGAUGCUCAAGUGUCAAAGUCAGGAAAUAGACAAGGAAACACUGAGGAGGUUUGGCAAAUGGACCCUUCAUACUGGACCCUCUCUGGAACCAAAAAAGAGUCUCACAGAGGACAGAGAGUGGCACAGACUGACAACAAACACAACGCAAAGAUGAAUAACCAGAUGAGUCCUGAAAAGGUAAACCACGGCACAGCUGGAGGAAAUCAAGGCACACACACGUACAGUGAUUUCAAACACAGCAACAGAAUUGCCGGAUCUGGGAGUCCAAAGAAUCUGAGAUCUCCUGAGAAGCCAGUCCUGCCGAAGAAGCCCGAUCUUUGCAUCCUUGGUCUGAUGGCUUCCCCUGAUACCAGAAGAGGACCAGGUGACUGGAAGAGCAAUGAACCAUGCAGAGCACUCUCACCUGGACUUAACAACCAAUCCCAGAUUCUCGCUGAUUUGAUGGACACACCCUCAAAAAUGCAUCAAACUGCGCUGCACAGAGCACCCUCACCGAAGCACCUGGAGACAAUGAAUAUGCAAGCAGUGAAUGCUGAUUGGCCUUUGAACACAACACCUACUGACUCACCUGUCAACUCCCCUCAGAGACAAAAACCCACAAUUCCCCACAAGAAGCCGGAUCUUUCACUGAGCUCGCCCAAAACGUCCAAAGUGGUCACCAAAGGGGAGCCACCCAAAAGCCCUUCCAGGACUUACAACUCUCUGGAGAAUCCCAGGACUUCACAGACUCCGAGAACAACCAGCAACAUGCCGGGAAUAAUGGGCCCCACCCUCAAUGGGAACAUGGGUACCCCAGGAACUUGGGACACCAUGCAGACCAGAGGUUCCUUAGGGAACAUGGGGAUUUCCUCAGGGAUCAUUGGAGCUCCUGAAACCUGCAGCAACAAAUUGCCUCCCAACAACAAUAUAGAUAGAAGAACAGCUACUCUGGAGAACUGUGGCACCUCAGGCACAUGGGGAACCUUGGAGACCUGUAGUUUUCCCUCAAGGGCCCACAGACUGACAUCUACUCAAAAAGGAGGUCCUCGAACUGGAGCAGCAGAUCCCUAUGAGACUAAAAUCAUCUGCACAAGACCUCAUAAAAAUGAUGAUGUAUUCCAGCAGAGAAUGAUGAGGUCCUCGCUGGCUGAAGAAGAAGACGAAGAAGAAAAGACCACAGUGAUGUCAUCGACCAUGAGAAAAAAAGACAAACCAAGAAAGAGGAGGAAGAGGAGGGUCGGCAAGCAGCUGCUGAUCAUGUCAUCAACACUGGAGCCCUCCCCAUCUUCCUCAUCAUCCUCCUCCUCAUCUUCCUCAUCAUCAACCUCCUCGUCAUCCUCUUCCUCAUCUGGAGACGAGCUAGAUGUCGCAAAUGACAAAACAAUGCAAAUGAGGCAUAUGACAAGGAUGGCCAAAGCGUGUGACGAGGGCAGUAGUGACUCUGAAACCUCCUGCUCUCUGAUUGGUCACAAGUACCCUCUCGCAGGUGCACUGUCCACCGACAGCCUGCAUGGGGAGCUGUUGCUUCCAGAACUUCUUAUUCAGGAACCAGAGGAAGAGAAGAAAGAGAGGCCUAAGGAGGUAGUAGCCAGGAGGCAAGAGGAGGGAACAGAGACCGGAGGACCAUCAGAUGGUGAGUAUGGUUUGUGGGAGCCACCCUGAACCCUCUUUGUCCACAUUUCUGUACAUAUGUUCAGCAAGUCAGUGAACUCUCUGUAUUUUACUGUUUUAGCGGAUCUGUUUGUCAGAGUUUCGGCUGAUCAGAUGUUUGUCUCCAGUCGACCACGGACCACAGAUGAUCUGUUUGCUGUCAUCCACAGGUAGGAACAUAAAAACACCCGCUGCAGAUUCACGAACUGUGUCAGUCCGUCAUGUACAAACUCAUGUGUCUGAUUCUUUCCUCUGUGUCGGUGAAGCAGUGCAGUAUGGGAAGGUACAGCUUGAGUACCCUGAUAGGCAGGUGCUGACUGAAGGUAAAGAUCACAGGAAGCAGCGUAGAUCGAAUUUAGUUUUGACCCCUGGUAGUAUGAGUUAUGUAGGUUACCCAUCAAUCCAGAUGUCCUGGUUUUCAUUGGUCGUACACAUCCUUACCCCUACCUCCCAUUUCCUUUUUCCCAAAUUGGAAUCUAAUUUAUUUCUGUGUAACCCCCUUGACUCUUAUUGAAUAAUUUGUUUUUAUUCAUGUUAAUUAAACACAAUCACUGGCUCAUUAGUCUGUUGUGUUUUCUUGUCCUGGCAAGGUUUGAGGCUUUUCCUCCCUUUUAUGACACGUUUCAUAUCUUCUUUUGCACCCAUGUUUUGAUAGGCCAGUUGGUUUCCCAUCAGAGUUGACUCUGUGGGCAAAGUAGUCCCAGUAGUAACUGGUUCGGUUCAACAACACAAGGUGUUAAAGGGAUAUUCCAGCGUAAAAUUAAUUUAGGGUCAAACACACCAUAAUAUCGAGUUAGACACCCCCUCGGGAGAUGAAUGUUGCUGACCGCUUACUUCUCUAGUUAUACCAACUUUAGUAACAACCGAAGGAUAGUAAUACAGAGAGGUCUGAGGAGCAAUAAACAAACCUCAACCAAAACGCCACUCUAUAGCCACAAAUAAUGCUCAGAACAGCACCUAACUUCAUCAACAGGACAUAUAGGGUCCCAGUCAUAGUACUAGACACCAAACAUCUUUUUAACUUUGACUAAUUUCUUUAGCAAAGAGACUAAACACAACUCACCUACUCUCUUCCAGCAGCCGCUUGUUAAAAAACUAAAAAGAUGUUUGGUGUCUAGUACUAUGUCUGUGACCCUAUAUGUCCUGUUGAUGAAGUUAGGUGCUGUUCUGAGCAUUAUUUGUGGCUAUAGAGUGGCGUUUUGGUUCAGGUUUGUUUAUGGCUCCUUAGACCUCUGCGUAUUGCUAUUGUCUUUACUAAAGUUGGUAUAACUAGAGAAGCAAGCGGUCUGAAAUCAGGAUUUGUCAGGUCUGUCCACAGGAUAAUCCAGCAAAAACAUUCUAUCCUUCGUAGUUUGAAAAUAUUAGCGACUUAGAUUAACUUUGCUCCUUUCCUCCACAUCAGUGACCCCUCUGUCUCUGGACCCCCCCUCACCCUGAACUUCAGGUAGAGCUCAGCUCGACUGAUCCGGUUCUUUCUCCGUUUUGCUCAGGUCAAAGAGAAAGAUGCUCGGACGGUGGGGUUCGGAUGACGACAGACGUCAUACCUCAUCUUCCUCCUCCUCCUCCUCCUCCCCUCCAGUCUCCCCAACAGACCCUCUCCCCCGUCCAACUCAACGUGCAACCCCCAGAGGUCAAAGGUCAGCGAGAAGCGAGAGCUUCAAGGCCCUCCUGCUGAGGAAAGGCAGCCGCUCUGAUUUAUCCUCUCGGGUUUCGGCUGUGGAGCGACUUCGAGUAGUUAUAACCUCUACGACCAAUGGCGACCUCAGGAGUGUGAUGUCCCUUCCACCUCCACCUCCACCUCCACCUGAGGAAACUAACAACACACCAGUGCACUUGUCCUGCACGUCCAACACCUGUGACAUGAACACCCACCUGACUCUGGAUGUCCCUGUGUCUCCCACAUCUCCCUGCGGUCAGAAUUUCUCCAUGAUGCUCAGCUGGAGUCAAAACCACCUCCUCCUUAACUCCUCCUCCUCCUCUCACUUCUUCUUCCUCUCCUCCUCCUCCCUACGUCCUCGCUCCCGUACUCCUCCCUGCUCCUCCAGCCGACGCUUUGCUGCUCGCUGCCGCCUCUAUGCCGCUCCCAUGACGGCCAUUUAUGAGGAAGAGAGUGAGGAGGACAAAGAGGAGGAGGACAACGACGACGACGAAGUUUUUAUGGAGUCUCCGGGAAGCGAAGGUGAACCGAGUCAGAGGUUGGUGGAGACUUUGUGAGGACGAGGUUGACAGAAAUCAGCAGAGGACUUGAUUUAUCUCCUCAAAACCUGAAUGUGACGGGAUCCUAACCAACAUGUCACACUGCCUCUGCAAACCGGCCUGAUCUGACGGACAGUUGGAAGCCGCUGAAUUGAAUGUACAGAAGCACAAAGAACGUGCCUCUAGUAGCAACACUGAACUACAGGAGCCUGGAGGGGACAUGUGGUUUAAGUCCUCGUGUUUUUUCUUAUGCCUGUUGUGUAGAAAUCUCAAGACGUCAAACUUGUUGCGAUUAUACGACAAAGUUCCUGUGAAUCUGAGAAAUAACUCGACCCCAACACCUCAAGUUAACGUACUUAAAGUAAAACUACGAGAAUUUUCGUACAUUUUUGUCUUUUGCUUGAUUAAGAUUUUGUCUUUUUAUACUACUUGCACGAUACUGGAUAAAUAUUUAUAUUCUUUUUGUUACUUUAAAUAUGUUAAAUUGUCCUGAACUUGUAAGAAAACUAUCAAUUCAUACCCAUUAACGUAUGUUUAUGUCUAGUUUAAUGUAACAGAUUUUGACGUAGAAGAGUUUGAGUUUCUGGGAUCACAGAGAAUUUUGGAUGUUUAUCAUAUUAAUCUUUAAUGCAAAUAUUCUAUUGUGGAAGCUUUAUGCAGCGUUGCCAUCACUUAUUAUGUGAUGGUUGAAGCAGUUAAGACUGCAGUCAUUUAACCAAUUUUAAGAUCGACAAUCUGCCUCAACUAUGGGCACAAAUUUAAGGUGUAAAUCAGCAAAUUUUCCAAAAUGUGAAUGUGAAAGUAUCUCCCCCAAAUUAUCAAUACAAUGUCACGUAUUAAUUUAACACACGUCCAAUUCUUUAAAAAAAAUAUACAGAUUUUGAUGGUUUGCAAAUCACUGAAGGUCAAUAUUUAACUGCGAAAAGUGUAGAGACAAAAAAAUAUAUAAUAAUCAGCUUUGUCUCUUUCUUAUUCACUAAAUCUUAAAGUAAUAUUAUGAACUGUGGAUUAUUCUCGAGUCCCUUUGAAACACAAAUGUUGCCAGUAAGUUUGAAAAUGUUCCCCAUGUGUUUUUUUUUAGCAUUGCACAACUUUGUCAGUGUUAUUUUUCCUCUGUGAACGAGCUGUUUUGAAACAUGGUGUUUUAUAAAUGAGACUAUUUUUAGUUUCAGCAUUUGAGCAGUUGUUUUUGCACUCUUUCCAAUUAGGCAUGGACUUUCAAUGAUUUGCAAACCGUAAAAAUCUGCUUUUAUCAACAUUUUAAACGGCGUUGAAAUGAGCGUUAUGUUUCAGCUGUGUUUAAUGAGGAGAUUUGUUGUUUGUGUAACCUGGACCUGACCUUAAACUGAGCACAGUGUGUCAGCUUUGUAAUCUGUGAACACUCGCAGAAAACAUCUGUUCAUUUGUGUGUUAUGAUCCUUUUUCAUGUGAUUCAUCUCAAAGUGAGACUCAUUAAUGUGCAUAAAAAUCUUAACUGUACUGGUAUCUCCCUAUAACAGAGAUCAACGACACAUUUUUCUCCCGAUUGAUAUAACAAAGUCGGAUUUAGUCCAGUCAGCAUGGGCACAUCUCCAUUUUCUAUACCUGAAACUAACAUGUUUUGAUUUGUACUUUAAGACUUUAGUCUCAUUUUCUAUUUAACCACCAGCUAUAAGCUGAAACUGCAUCAAGUAAGUGCUGUAGAUAGGCCUGUCCUGUAAAUAACACUGUGUUAAACUAACUCAUCCUGUUAUGAUGUUUAUUAUAUCCUGCUGCUGACUCUUUCCUCAUCUCUUUUUGUAGCUCUUAAUCAGCUAAGUGUUCGUCUGGACAAGUUUUCUUCUCCAGUAAAGUAGCAGAUAGAAAGAAGUCACAAGAGUCCGAGUCACGAUGUAAGAUUUUAGGACAAAGAUGUUGAAUUUAGGAGCAUAAUAAGUGUCUGUGUGUGGGAGGUCAGAUUGACUGUUUCAACCAUGAAAUACUGCAUUUGAACAGGAUAAGUGGAAUUUUGGAUGGAGAUUGAAGGGCUGUGUCUGUACGUGCUGAGAGAAAGGCAAGAGACCAGAGUCAUAAAACAGAAAGAAUAACCGUGUAAAUAAAGGAAAGUGUUUGUUUAUGAGCAGAUGGACAAUAAAAGCAAUAAAGAGCAAACUGAGUAUCAAA